AUGUCUUCUUGUCUCACGUGCGCUGCCAAGAGUCAUCAGAAGUGGAAUGAGCGAUCUUCACAUAACCAUCUACCCCGGCCAUUCCCUUCUCCUCUCAUUGACCUCAAUCUCCCACCUUUGCUCGCUAUAAGACCCACCUCUGCUCGCGAUGAGAUGGACACCACUCCGAGCAGACCUCACACGAACCGAACGACGCGAGCACGAACGAACCAACGAAUCUAUGCCAUCUUUUCAUCGGGCACUCUCCCAGACCUAUUGUAUCAUCAUUCGACGAAAAGAGCAUGGAACACUCGCAGCGGCCGCAUGAUUGUUACUCUAUGCACAAGCACGGAGCUACAAGUCAUACGCGCCGGCCACACCUUCUCUCAACACUACAAGGCGAGCAACAUGUCCGUCACUCCUACCCGGCCAGCACUGGAACUGAACCCGGAGCUUCGACUUUCGCGAUCCUGAUGGGCGAUGCAAUAGCAAUGACAGUUAUGCGUAUCCCGGACAAUUGCGGCUCUAGAGCUCUUCCGCCGUAAAGGUGGUCUCCGUCCUCUUGGCCUUGUCUCCUGGAAUGGUGUUGGUGUUUUGGAUGAGAUUAAGACCCAGAGCACUGCCGGCGUCACCCAACAGGCCAUUCAUAUUUGCAUCCGUGCCAAAGCCUGGGGCUCCACCUGUGACAGCGGUGAGAAGACCUGCGGUCAAGCCUUGACCCAGCGUACCGAACAUGCCUCCCGCGUCUGGGACAGUGAAAUAUGGGUCGGGUCCUUGUCCGAGAAUUGCGUCGGCCGCCUUUUCGCUGAUAAUGUAUGUCGUGAGGCAGAGGAAGAAACCAGGGAUCCUGUUGUAGGCUGAAGCAUCGACAACGCGAAGACCAUCAACGCCCAUGACGCGGAAGUCGCCGUCGAGUACAAGGCCAAUGGCGCAUGAACAGGACGCAUGGUGUCCCCAAGUGCGGUCUCUGAUGUUUUGGGCCAGUGCCGCAGAGCCAUCUGGGUAUCCCGCCUCGCCUGGGUCGACUUCAACGACAGUAUCCAACG